AUGCUGAUACACCCGAUGUUUGUAUAUGAUCGGAGCAUGAAGUGUGGGAUACCAAUGUUCAAUGGAGACCGUUUGUGCGGGAAUAAUGCGGGAAAGACGAAGGAGGAAAAUCUGUCUGUGACGCCUUCGAUGAGCUCUGUGAUUUCGCAGAUUAGAAAAUAUGGGGUUGGAUCGCCGGGGAGCGAUGAGGGACGAGAAUCGAACGGGGAAGCUGGGGAAUUCGACGAGGAUGCGUCUCAGUGCUCGAGCUGGGUCUACGGGAUGAAGCGGAAGCUUUCAGAGGAGACUACGACGACGAUGAGCACGCUGGGCAGCGAAGGGCCGCAUCCGCUAGCGGGAGAUCCGGUGGAGGAGGUGAUGCCGGGGGAGCGGCCUGUGUUCAAGGGCGUGAGCAUGGCGGAUUUGGAUCUGGAGUCUGAGUGGACAGCGGACGACAUUGUACAAACUUACAAGCCGGUGUACGACAGAAGAAUACGGCGGUCGUCUGUGGAUUUCGCGAUCAAUCACGAUCGUUGCAACAGCAUCAGCAGCAGCAAUGUCUUCUACGACAACGAUAAGGUGGAACUGGAGCAAUGGCCGACGUCAGUCGAGAGUAGUGGCACUCGGGAUACCCAGGAGCUGGUUCUGCCGAACCGGAGAACGAGACAGAGGAGCUUAAACCCGAAUUUUUUCAAGCUGUAUUCGAUGGAAAUCUCGGGCAGAUCCAAGAAACUUCUGCCAGAUAUCAGCGUCGAUGAGCACAUCCUGGUCCAGAUGUCCUGCCAGGAGAUCCGCGCUCUUGACAUCCAGCCGAGCGUCACCGAGCAGGGGAGCGUGUCCGCUGAGGACAUCAAGCUCGCUCUCAUUACGAGGAAAAAGCUGUGGUCGGACAUGAUCCAUGACCAGAGGCAGGACCUGUUCGGUGACUCGGUGCCGUGGAACUUGAAGUUUGUCUCCGAUGGAGACCAAUCGACCGAUUGUAAGGAAAGCUCGCUCGUGAGAGUAGAAUCGGAGCUGAAGCCAUGGCUUGUCGACAACGAAAAGAUCCACCAUACCAUGUUGAAGCCCUGCGGAAAACUCAAGCUUGGAGCGUCGUCGAACGCCAAGGAGAUCCAGUACGUGGUCAAGGGAUGGUGCGACAAGAGAUUCGCCCAAUGA